AUGAGUUACUUCUCACAAUCCACAAAAGCAGACAUUGACCAAAAGUCGCCACUAGGGACAAGUUUCUGGACAACGACCCAGUACAAAGAUGAGAUUCAGGUGAAAAAGCUACGUAACUUCUCUGAACCGUCCAACUUCACCCUCAUCAACGUGUCGGUACAGAAGAAGAGUCUCGGCACAGGGGGAGGCUCCAAUAUCUUAGCAUCUCUAAUCUUCCGCAACUGGACGACCCCUGUGGGCGUGACGUCACUCAUCACUGUGUCCAUCGCCGGCGUGGACGACAUAGCAGACGUGUUCCGGCGCCUGGGGCUCCUGGUGGCCUCCGUGACCGUUGGUCUGGUCAUCUACCAGAUGGUCGUCUGGCCCGCGGUCAUCUUCCUGUUCACUCGGAGGAACCCGUUCAUGAUGCUGGUCAAGUGUAUCCGGCCGUUCGUCAUAGCUUUUGCCGCCACCGCCACAGCGAUCAGUCCCAUCCUGUCUCUGGCCAUCCCCCCUGUCCCGUCAGCCUCUAUCGUGACGCUGGUCAUUAUCCUGACGUCACUCAACUACCCGCUAAAUGACGUGGCCUUGUUGUUCGCUGUCGAGUGGAUUUUAGAUCGCCUGAGGUCUGGCGUGAACGCCAUUGGUCACGUGAUGGUUGCCAUAGUGGUUGACGCCAUUUGCAACCCGCGUGGGAAAGGAUCUUCUGCUCCAGGAAUCGAGACCGGGAGGCAACCCAGGAACUCUUCAACGUCUUCAACCGACUUCGACCUGGUAGUCAGUAACAACGGGCAGAAACUGGACGAAGGGAGCGUUGAGUACAACACAGAAGCGGAGAAAACCAAACUUUGA